UUAAGACAGCUGUCAAAAAGUCUAAUUCGCGGCGAAGUGGUCGUUAUCGUUAUAAAUACAAUAUUUUGUAAAUCUGUGAGUUUCUGUAAAACCCACAAUUAUAUCAAUAUUGAACGUACGAUGAAAACUUUUUUCAACAUAACAAUUUCAUUAUUUUAAUUACAUCAUGUCUAGAGAUAUAAGAACCUUCUUUCAGCUGAAGAAGACUCCAAAACCCACCGUUGAAGACGAUGAUGAUGUGAUACCAGAGUCGCCUGAUGUGCAAAUCACUAAACCUAAGAAAAAGGAUGUUAAAAGGAGAGCCAUAAUAAAAGAUGAUUCUGAUGAAGAAAUAUUUUCAACCAAGAAGAAAACUAAUAAUACACAAGCAACUAACAAAAUCAAAUCACCAAAACCAGCUCUUAAAGAGGUUAAAGUAGUAGACAUGUUUGGCAAUGAACCAAUAAAAAGAACAAAGCCAUUAAUUAAUAAAAAGAAAAAAACAGAGCUAGGCAUACAUUCUGACGAUGAGUUUGAAAAGAGCCUUCUAGAAAUAGACAAUGAGCAAUUGGAAUCAAAUGAAGAAGCCAGUUCCUCUAAAAUUAAAGAAGAAAAACAAUCGCCUACUGUUCAGACUGAUUCAAAUAAAACAGACAAAACCCCAUCAAAAAAGAAAAAUAAGAAUAAUAACUUAGAAUUAAAUAAAGAAUCAGAAACAAGUAAAACACCUUCAAGAAAUGAUGGUACUGAAAGUAAAACAUCAAAAACAAAUAAAAAUAAUCAAACAGUUUCCAAUUCAAAUAACAGUUCAAAGAAAUCAAAAAUGGAGUAUAGUAAACGUAAAUUUGCUGAAUUUCUGGAGGAUGGCGACCCAGAUCUGAGUAAUAAAAAGAAAAAACUUAAUGAAAGCAAAACAAAGUCUGAGGAAAUUGAUGAAGAUAUGGAUUCAUCGUUUAUUGAUGACAGUGAUGAUAAGAACAAAAAUAAGAAAAAGAAAUUCAAUAAAAGCUUGAAUGAGUCAGUGCUUACUGAUGAAGAAAGACAUGAAAGAAAAAUGCAUUCUGCAGCUUUAUACAAGAGCUAUUUAAACCGAUCUGGUCCCAAAAAUCUAGGAGCUAAGGAAAUCCCAGAGGGAAAACAUGAUUGCCUAAAGGACUGCGCGUUUGUACUGACUGGUGUCCUCGACUCGUUUGAGAAAGACGAAAUAACAGCAGCAAUCAACCAAUAUGGUGGAGUUGUUAAAAGUGGGGUGACCAAAAAGGUAACCCAUGUCUUAGCUGGUGAAGAUGGCGGCCCGGCCAAAAUGGCAAAAGCAGAAGAACUAGGAAUACCUAUUAUAAACGAAGAUCAAUUCCUCAAAAUGAUCACAGACAGAUCACAAGGCAAACCAACGAAAUCUGAAAGUAAAAAAGAAAUCAAGAAAGAAAAGAGCCCAGUCAAGAAAGUUUCAAAAGAUAAAUUGAGUCCAAAAGACAAAUCUGUAAAAGACACAGACAAUCAUGUUGAAAACAAAACAAAGAAGAGCCCAAUGGACAAAAUAAAAACGGAAUCAAAAUCGACCACUAGUAUUUCAAGGAGUAAAUUAGAUGUUAAUGAAUCAAAGAAUCAUGAUAAGGUGAAAAGUCCUAAAAAUAUUAAGGAAGAAAAAGUUGGAAUUAAAGUUGAACCAAGUUCAAGUAAAGCUUCGAGUCAAGUCAGUCGCACAACCACAGAAUUUACCGAGCAUCCAGCUAAUGCUAGCAUGUGGGUGGAGAAAUACAAGCCUCAGAACAUCAAACAAAUUAUUGGGCAACACGGCGAUGCAAGCAACGUUAAGAAACUAAUGAACUGGUUAACAAAAUGGUAUGUGAACAGACAAGCUAAAUUACCAAAACCUAAUCCUUACGCACACAACGACGACGGAGGUUAUUAUAAAGCAGUAUUGCUGUCGGGUCCUCCUGGUGUAGGUAAAACAACUACAGUAAGCUUAGUCUGCAAGGAGAUGGGUUUCGAUAUGGUGGAAUUCAACGCCUCGGACACCAGGAACAAGACGCUCAUCAAGGAGCAGAUUGGGGAGCUUCUCAACAUGACUUCGCUCUCUGGAUACGCUCAUGGGCAAGUUGGCAAACAAGCGUUAUCGAAGAAACAUGUUCUAGUCAUGGAUGAAGUUGACGGCAUGGCGGGAAAUGAAGACCGAGGUGGCCUCCAAGAGCUGAUCGGGUUGAUCAAGACAACAUCGGUGCCUAUAAUAUGCAUGUGCAACGACAGGAACAGUCAGAAGAUGAGGUCCCUUGUCAACUACUGCUACGAUCUCCGUUUUCAGAGACCUAAACUUGAACAGAUAAAGGCGGCCAUGUUAUCGAUAUGCUGCAAGGAGGGCGUGCGUAUCCCGGCGGACGCGCUGUCGCAGCUGAUCGUGUCGGCCGGACACGACGUGCGCCAGACGCUCAACCUGCUGUCGCUGUGGGCGGCCGGCGCCAGCGACCCCGACACUCUGCGGGCAGACGCCAAGGUCGCCAGGAAGGACUUCCGACUGGGCCCCUGGGAUGUCAUAGAAAAGGUAUUUUCAGCAGAGGAACACAAGACCAUGAGUAUCAGCGACAAGAGCGACCUCUUCUUCUUCGACUACAGUCUCGGGCCGCUGUUCGUUCAAGAGAACUACUUGACGGUCGAACCUCGAUGUCCCAAGCAUGAAACCCUUCAGAGGAUAAGCAGAGCUGCGGACAGUAUCAGUUUGGGAGACCUGGUCGAAAGCAAGAUACGUCGCAGCCAAGCGUGGAGUCUCCUGCCGACACAGGCAAUAUUGAGCUCAGUGAUCCCCGGGUUCGAGAUGUCCGGACAGAAGAAGGGCCGCACGCAGUUCCCGGGCUGGCUCGGCAAGAACUCGCGCGCAACCAAGUUCCAGCGCCUCUGCCAAGAGAUACACGCUCACACCCGGCUCAGCACAUCGGGAUCAAAAUCUUCCAUCUUCCUGGACUACAGCAGUCAUAUUCGCGACGCUAUCGUAAAUCCUCUUAUCAAGGACAAACUUGAUGGCGUAACAAAGUCGCUUGAAGUGUUGGAGUCCUACCACCUGCUGAGGGAGGACCUGGACUCUUUGGUAGAACUGUCCUUAUGGCCAGGGAAACGGGAUCCUACUGCACUUAUAGAUUCGAAGGUGAAGGCGGCCAUGACUCGCACGUACAACAAGAACGCUCGCGCGCUGCCGUAUGCGCAGGCCGCCGUCAAGCGCGGGAAGCCGAAAGCGGACGACGAGUUGGCCGGGGAGGACGAGGCCGAGGCCGAGGCCGAGGACGACGAGCCGCCCGACAGUGACCCCGAGAAUGAUGCGCUCAUCAAGAAAAAGAAAACUAAGGAAACAGACAAGCCGAAAGCCACCAAAAGUCAGACUAAGGCGAAACCGUCAACCAGUAAGAAGAAAAAAGAGAAAUAGCAUCGGCGUUCAGUGAUGGCCUUCUUGUUCAGAUAACUCCAAGGUCACACAGACAUCAGACCUCACAGUGCAGUGAUUGUGAUAUUAAAUUGUGAAGUGAAUAUUUUAGUAAAGCGAAAGUGCAUUUUGUUUUUA